AUGGAAAAUGAUAAUGACGUGGAGCUGCCUCUUCAAAAAGGUUUAACAUCAGCAGCCAUACUUGAAGUUGGAGAUGCAGAUGGUGAUGAUAAAAUCUCACACAAACACAAUGAGGAUGAUGGUCAACAUAGUAGACAACAGCAGCAGCCCAGCGCCAACAUUACUCGAAUAAAACAACUUAAGUUGCAACAGCUAGAAGAGUCGUUGCAGAUUAGGGAGAGCUAUUUGCGGGAAAAAUUUAAAAUCCUCACUGCAGAUAGUGACGACGAGGGUAUCGUGGAAUCACAUUUGCCUGAAGUUGGGCCUCAGCUGAAUGCACAUCAAGCCGUAGCUGAUGAACACUUCUCGCCACAUGGCCAACCUCAUCUACAGAGUACACCAAGGUUAGUAAAUAAUCCAUCUCUUUAUACCUUACAGAUCGCUCCCACGCUUACGUCGUCUCAGCUAGCAGCGCGUCAAUGCAUACCGAGAGAUUUGCCUACGUUCCGCGGCGAUCCAGAAGAAUGGCACAUUUUUAUAAGUGCGUACGAGCAAACUAAGCAAAUCGCAGGUUUCUCCGAUUAUGAAUGUCUAAUGCGCUUACAGAGGUGCCUCAUUGGUAAAGCGCGCGAUGUAGUACGCAAUAUGUUGGUGUUGCCUAAUAUGGUUGGAGAAAUAAUAAACACUCUUCGUAUGUAUUUUGGACGACCAGAAAUAAUUCUAAAUAAGUUAAUUGAGAAAAUGCGUCAGUUACCGCCUCCAAGGGGUAGGCUGGGCGAUUUAAUUGACUUUGCAGUCAACAUUAAUAAUGUAGUUGCAACAAUUGAGGCAUGUAAGCUCAAUAGUUAUUUUAAUAAUCCACUCUUAUUACAUGAGUUAAUAAGUAAAUUAACUGAAGAUAUGAAGCUCAAAUGGGCACUACAUUCAGCAUCAAUAGCCGAACCUACACUUCGCGAUUUUUCAGCGUGGCUCUCAUCUUUAGCAAAUGCGGCAAGUAGAGUAGCUACACCUUCUUUUUUAGAUAAACCACUAAAAAAGGAAGGACGAGUGCACGUACAUCAGACAGCUGAAAUGACAACCACGGCAGUUAGGUGUUACAUUUGUGGCGGCGGACAUAAAAUAAUGGAAUGUGAAAUAUUCAAGAACGAGCCUACUAAUCAACGCUGGCGCAUUGUCAAGGAAAAGAAGCUGUGCCGACAAUGCUUAGGCGAGCAUAGGCGUCGCUGUUUCAAUAAUAAAGUGUGUGGCAUUGAUGGCUGCAAUGCACGACACCACCCCAUGCUGCAUUCUCGGAUAGACCAAUCUACGCCAGCAAUAUCUUCUACAGCUAACAAUGUUUCAUCGGAUAUAGUAGAACAAAUAAGUUUAAGUCCAUACUCAAACAAAGCGUUACUCAACAACCAUAAUUCAUCAGUGAAUAAAAGCUGGUCAUAUUGCCGAAUUCUUCCAGUUACUUUAUAUGGCACCAAAAGGACUAUUAACACAUAUGCAUUGAUGGACGAUGGGUCAACACUAACGCUUAUUGAAGCAAGUCUAGCCGAUGAAUUGGGAAACGAUGGUAUCCAGGAUGCGCUAUGCAUUAAUUGGACAGGUAAUAUCAGUCGACAGGAAAAUAACUCAAAAAGGCUCAACUUACAAAUUUCUGCCAAUGCUCCUCAAGCUAAAAAAUUUCCAUUGAAAAAUGUCCGCACAAUAAGCAACUUACGCAUGUCAGCAGAAUCUUUUGCAGCUGAUAAAAUAAAACAAUGGUAUCCGCAUUUAGAUGGCUUGCCUCUAGCAAGUUAUACAAAUGCUGUCCCCAUGCUGAUUAUCGGCGUAAAUAAUCCAAACUUAAUUUCAGCACUUAAGGUGAGGGAGGGUGGCUGGCAAGAACCCGUGGCGGUGAAAACACGUCUUGGUUGGACAGUUUUUGGUAGUGGUGAAUUAAACCACCGUAACAACUUAAACCUACACAAAUGUAGCUGUGGACAAGAAGCUGAUAGGGAGCUUCAUGAGUUAGUAAAGACAUUUAUAGUAAACGAGAAUGUCGCGGUGGCUACCCCAAAAGCAGAAUUACUUUCAGUUGAGGAUCAGCGAGCAGAGGAAAUAAUGCGCAAGUGCCAGUUACGCGGAAACCGCUACGUUGUCAAUUUGCCAUGGAACACCGAUACGGUCGAAUUGCCAAAUAGCUUGCCGAUGGCAUUACGUCGAGCGGAGUGCUUACGUCGAAAAAUGCAUGGGGACCCUGAAUUGUGUCAAAAGCUAAAGGAACAAAUCACUACUUUAGUCAGCAAGGGCUACGCAACUGAGUUGCCACCAGAAGCAAUUAACGAGCGAGGUGGAAAGAUUUGGUAUUUACCAAUUUUUAUUGUGCGCAAUCUACUUAAACCGAAAAAGCAUAGAUUAGUUUGGGAUGCUGCAGCCAAAGCUGAAGGAGUGUCACUAAACGAUUUUUUGCUGAAGGGUCCGGAUAUGCUGCGACCACUUAUAAACAUAUUAUUAAAUUUUCGUAUAGGAAGAAUAGCUGUCUGUGGUGAUAUUGCUGAAAUGUUUCAUCGAAUUCUAGUACAAGAAGCAGAUACUGAUGCUCAGAGAUUUCUAUGGUUCAGCGAGACAUUUAAAAAUAUUUGCGUUUAUAAAUUAAAUGUAGUUAGCUUUGGUGCGCGAUGUUCACCAUAUAUAGCGCAUUUUAUUCGAAACCUGAACGCAGAAAGAUUUAUAGCUGAAAAUCCUAGAGCAGUGUACGCUAUUAAAAACAAUCAUUACGUGGAUGACUUUAUAGAUUCAACAAAUUCCAUUGAACAAGCAAUAGCAUUAGCCGAGGCAGUUCGCAACAUACAUGAACAAGGUGGUUUCCAUAUGAGAAGCUGGACAAGUAAUGCACCAGAAGUUUUAGCUGCGUUAAACGAAAAUGGUGAACAGACGGGUAAGUCGUUUGAUAAUAAUAUCGACACACUUCCGAUCGAAAAAAUUCUCGGCAUGUAUUGGGACCCGAAGUCAGAUUGCUUUAAAUAUGUUUUAAAAUUCGUUCGUUUACGUCGUAAUGUUUUUGCAGAUGAAAUUGUACCCACUAAAAGAGAAGUACUUCAAAUUUUAAUGUCCAUUUUUGAUCCAUUGGGACUGGCAGCUUGCCUCACAUCAUAUUUAAAAAUACUUAUUCAGGAUAUUUGGAGAAGCGGAAUCGACUGGGAUCAACCACUGGUACCCGAUCUUAUGGGCAAGUGGUUAGCUUGGGUUGCCUGCAUGCCUAUUUUUGCUAAUAUUUCUGUACCCCGUUGUUAUUCACCAUACAUAACAGAAAGUUCAUGUGAUGUACAAAUUCAUACAUUCGUAGAUGCGAGUGAGUUUGCUUAUGCAGCUGUAUCAUACUUCCGCAUUAAAGAUAAAUAUGGAGUAAGUACGAGGAUCGUAGCAGCAAAAACCAAAGUCGCUCCAAUGCGACCGAUGUCUAUUCCAAGAAUGGAGCUACAAGCUGCUGUAAUUGGCACACGGCUUAUGAAUACAAUAUGUAAAGUACACACAUUUGAUAUUAAAAAGCGUUUCAUUUGGAGCGAUUCCAAAACGGUGCUAAAGUGGUUGCGUGGUGAUCCACGUCAAUUUCAACAAUUCGUAAUGUUUCGCAUUGCAGAAAUUCAAGAAGCAUCAACCGUCGAAGAGUGGAGAUGGGUACCCACGAAAUUAAAUACUGCAGACAGUGCAACGAAAACAAAACAAAGUCCCGAAUAUGUGCAGCGGUGGGUCGAAGGACCAGAAUUUUUGCUACAAGACGAGGAUAAAUGGCCAACUGAGGUGGACUUAGGUCCGAUGGAGACCAGUGAAACUCGUGCAAAAUUUUUAUAUCAUCGCGAGACACAACCAUGUUUCAAUUAUGAAUAUUUUUCAUCCUGGAUCAAGUUGUAUCGUGCCGUUGCAAAUUGGCUACUCUACAUUGGGAAACUAAAGGCUCGUUGUGGCGGUUUCAAUGCUACAAACGUUAUUUUGACUGUUCAACAUAUUGAGCGCGCGAAGCUCUUAAUAUACAAAAGCGUGCAACAGGAACUACUUGAAGAUUGGUCGACACUGAAAAUGGGGAGAAUAGUAGAAAGGAACAGUCCGUUAUAA